GUUGAGUUCCAAAAACAAUGCUCAAGACAAGACCUAGCUCUUUCUACCCCCUACCAUCUCGCUUUUUCAAACCUCAACUUCCAAACCCAAAAAGAACAUCAAACCUUAACUCAAAAGCUUUUGUCUCUGAUAAAACAAUGCAAAUCCAAAAACCUAUUAAAACAAAUCCACACAUAAAUGCUUAUAAACUCAAUACCAGAACCCAAUUUCCUUUCCAAAAUCAUUGACCUCAAAGACUUGGCCUAUGCAUCCCUUGUUUUUAAUCAAAUCACCAAACAAUUCCUUCAAUGUCAUGCUUCGUGGGUUAGCUACCACAUAGCUACCACAUGGAAACAGUAUGAUUUUUGUGCUGAAUUAUAUUACAAGCUGAAGUCUUUAGGCCUAAAAGCAAAUAAUUUUACAUACCCUUUUUUGUUUAUAGCGUGUGGGAAUGUUUGGGGUUUGCUUCAUGGAAAGAUCGAUCAUCGUCUGGUGUUUAAGGCUGGUUUGGAUGGUGAUGAGUACGUGAAUCGUUCUUUGAUUACAAUGUACAAAAGGUGUGGUGAAAUGGGGUUUGCACGGAUGGUGUUUGAUGAAAUGGAUGAGAGAGAGUUGGUGUCAUGGAAUUCGAUGAUCUCGGGGUAUUCUAAGACGAGUUUUGCUAAAGAGGCAUUUGGGUUGUUUAUGGAAAUGAGGGAGAAGGGGUUUGAGCUAGAUGAGAUGACGUUGGUGAGUGUUCUUGGGGCGUGUGGGGAUUUGGGUUUGGGGAGAUGGGUGGAGGGGUUUGUUUUGGAGAAGAAGGUGGAGGUAAAUUCAUAUGUGGGGUCUGCUUUGAUUGACAUGUAUGGUAUGUGUAGGGAUUUGAUAUUUGCGAGGAGGGUCUUUGAUUCAAUGCCAAACAAGGAUGUUGUCACUUGGAAUGCCAUUAUCACAGGGACUUCUGAACGAAGCUUGGGACUUAAUCAAGAAGAUGCUUGGAAAACCAUAUGAAAUUGUGUUGGGGUCAUUGCUUGGUAUCUGUCAGAGGUGUAGAAAUGCAGAUGUUGGUGAAAGGGUCAUUCAAUUGUUUCUAGAGAUGGAGCUAUCAAAUUCAGGAAAAUAUGUUAUCUUAUCUAAGAUAUGUGCAAAUAUGAGAAGGUGGGAUGAUUCUGCAAACACAAGGGUGUGGAUGAGGCAGUGUGGUGUCUCUAAAACCCCUUGCUGUAACUGGAUUGACAUUGGAGCUCGUGUUCAUGAAUUUCAUGCUGGUGACAACUUAAAUCAUCAUUCGGUGAACAUAUACCAAUUGCUGAAUGAGGAGAUGAAGAGAGAAGGUUACAUUCCAAACAUUGGUUGCAUAUACAGGUGGAAAAGUUGAAAACUUGGUUGCCUCUUUCAGCCAUUGAACAGUGCAUCCGGAGGGAUUAUAUCUUCUGGCUCAUGACUCCAGCUAAAAUAUUGAAUGGUAAGUUGUGUUCUUAAUAGCUUGAGCAAGGCUGGUUUGGAAGAUGCUAUUAUUGAGAGUAAGAGUCAUUCAAACACAAAUUGUUUUCCAGCAAAUUAAGCAACUUCAGCAAGAACUGGUAAGGUGCUUGGAAUGUGAAUAUAUCCUGUAAGCUAAAUUGAUGAAAUUCUUUUAGGACAACCUUGCCUUUA